AUGUCACCCGGAGACACUGAUAUCCAAUAUUACUGGGUUGAUGGCGCCGAAACACUUGAGAACUACGUGCCUGGAGGGUAUCACCCUGUUAUGGUCGAUGACGUUCUUCAUGGCAGAUACCGCGUCGUGCACAAGCUUGGAUUUGGUGGAUACUCGACGGUUUGGCUAGCUCGGGAUAUGCGCUUAGGACGUUAUGUUACCGUCAAAGUUGGUAUCGCAUCCGAGUCGAAAUCGCUUCUACGUGAGAUACAGUCUCUGCAGGCUCUCUCGUCUCCACAGGGAUCGCUUUCAGCCAAGAUGCACGUUGGACGCAACUCAGUCCCUCAUAUCUUGGAUCAAUUCGAGGUACACGGCUCCAAUGGAACACAUGUGUGCUACACUAUGACACCAUCACGAUGCAACUUGCAAGAAGUCUCGUUUAAUGAGUUAUUCUCGUUAGAAGUAACUCGUGCCCUCGUAGGUGGGCUUGUCAGGGCCGUUUCGUUCGUUCAUUCCCAAGGCUAUGUUCAUGGAGAUAUCCACCUUCAUAAUAUCCUGCUAAAGCUUCCAUCUAGCUUAGAUCAUCUUUCUACUGAGCAGCUGUAUGAAACAUAUGGCAAGCCCGAGACUGCUGUGAUUAAAAGACGGGAUGGAAAACCUUUACCACCCAAUGUUCCAGUCAAGGCAACCAUACCGCUUUACCUUGGUAAAGAGGCCGAGGACUUUACGCUUGCAGACACAAGGGUUCUUCUCACUGAUUUCGGUGAGGCAUACUCUCCUGCCUCAGAAGUCCGUCGAGGGGAAGACUGCCAUACGCCACCAGGUUAUCGACCACCAGAGGCCUUGUUUGAGCCACAGUCUGCGCUCGCUUAUUCCGCAGAUAUCUGGAGUCUAGCCACGGCUAUAUGGGAGAUCAUUGGCAUGAAAGCUAUUUUCAGCACUGACUGGGUGACUGACGAUGAGUUGGUUUCUCAAUACAUUGACAUCCUAGGCCCCAUGCCGCCUAGCUGGUGGGACAGCUGGGAGGCACGCAGUGAAUUUUUCGACAGAGAUAGGCGUCCAGUCGAGGACCGGGAGGUAGCACCUCCACUCGAUCAGGCGUUCGAGCAGUGGGUACAGAAGUAUAGGCGGAAGCGCAAAGUAGGAGAAUUUCCCCAGGAGGAAGCAGCAGCAAUUAUAAAUCUGAUACGGCGGAUGCUGGUUUUCCGGCCGGAAGAGAGACCGUCAAUAGACGAGGUCUUAAAAUCAGAAUGGAUGGUCAAGUGGGUAUGGCCAGAUUAUGAGAAAAGCUUAAGGACAUAG